UAGACAUCUCACACUUGUCUUCACCAAAAUUGUUGACAAGAGCCCCCCUUCAACAAGUAUCUAAUUGUUUCAUUUAGCAACCAUGCAUUCAAACUCAACCACCAUUAAAACUUCUUCGGACGGAGUUUGGCAAGGUGAUAAUCCUUUAAACUAUGCCUUCCCGUUGUUAAUAGUCCAAACCACCUUAGUCCUCUUUGUCAGUCGCUUCCUUUCCUUUCUCCUCAAACCUCUCCGCCAACCCAAAGUCAUUGCCGAAAUCAUAGGGGGAAUUUUGCUUGGACCCUCCGCACUAGGACGCAACAAGCAAUUCGUCCACCUAGUUUUCCCUUCAUGGAGCACUCCAAUACUGGAAUCGGUAGCAAGUAUUGGCCUCCUCUUCUUUCUCUUCCUUGUGGGUCUUGAACUCGAUUUAAGCUCCAUUCGCCGCAGUGGCAAGCGAGCUUUCACAAUAGCACUUGCCGGAAUUUCCCUCCCAUUCCUCUUUGGAGCCGGAAUCACAUUCCUCCUCCGCAAAGCCAUCCACGGCGAAGACAUAGUCGGUUACGGCCAACUCCUUAUGUUCAUGGGUGUAGCUCUCUCCAUCACAGCCUUCCCAGUCCUAGCCCGCAUAUUGGCAGAACUCAAACUCUUAACAACUCAAGUAGGCGAAACUGCCAUGGCUGCUGCAGCCUUCAACGACGUAGCUGCAUGGAUUUUACUUGCCCCAACUGUGGCAAUAUCUGGAAGUGGACACAAGAGUCCCUUAGUAUUCAUUUGGAUUCUCAUCUCCAGUCUUGCCUUUGUUGCUUUCAUGUUGUUUCUAAUCCGACCAAUCAUGAACUGGGUCGCGAGAAAGUGUUCCUCGGAGCAUGAUUUUGUUAACGAAGCCUAUAUAUGUUUGACCUUAGUUGGGGUUAUGGUGUCUGGGUUUAUGACUGACCUUAUUGGUAUACAUGCAAUUUUUGGUGCAUUUGUUUUUGGAUUAACGAUUCCAAAAGGUGGUGAUUUUGCUGGGAGAGUGAUAAAGAGGAUUGAGGAUUUUGUGUCGGGUUUGCUUCUUCCACUUUACUUUGCUUCCAGUGGGUUGAAGACAGAUGUGGCUAAAAUAUAUGGGGCUGAGGCUUGGGGGCUUUUGGUGCUUGUGAUAUCCACAGCUUGUGCGGGAAAGAUUUUAGGAACAUUUCUGGUGGCCAUGCUCUGCAUGAUUCCUGUCAGGGAUUCCUUGGCGCUAGGUGUGCUCAUGAAUACUAAGGGCUUGGUGGAGCUUAUUGUUCUCAACAUUGGCAAGGAAAAAAAGGUUCUAAAUGACGAGAUUUUUGCUAUAUUAGUCCUCAUGGCACUAUUUACCACAUUCGUGACAACUCCAACAGUCAUGGCAAUAUACAAACCCUUGCGUGGAAUUUAUUCUCAAACUAAUCGCCGACUCCAGCGACAAUUGCCUCUCACAGAGAACACACAAGAUGAGCUUCGAGUCCUUGCUUGUGUCCAUGGACCUGAGAAUGUUCCCUCAUUCAUCAAUCUCGUGGAGUCAAUUCGUAACCCCAAAAGAUCCCCACUCAAACUCUAUGUCAUGCACCUUGUUGAACUGACUGAUCGCUCAUCCUCCAUCAUGAUGGUUCAACGUGCUAGAAAGAAUGGUUUUCCCUUCAUAAACCGCUUCUGCAGAGGUGCAAGUGCAACACCAGACCAAAUUGCUGCCGCCUUUGAGGCCUACGGCCAAGUCAACCGUGUCAAUAUUCGUCACUCAAUAGCCAUCUCGGCAUUGUCCACGAUGCAAGAGGACAUUUGCCACAUAGCACAAGAAAAAAGGGUGGCGAUGAUCAUAUUGCCGUUCCACAAACAUUGGAGAGGAGAGGGUGAAGAGGCUAUGGGGAAUGUAAACAAUGGCUGGAGAAUGGUCAAUCAGAGUGUGCUUAAGAGGGCACCAUGCUCAGUGGCAGUGUUUGUGGACCGUGGAUUCGGUGGUGGGUUAAAGCAGGAGGCAGAACACAGUUCCCCAACACUGAGAAGAGUUUGCAUUUUGUUCUUUGGCGGAUCUGAUGAUCGCGAGGCUCUAGAGUUGGGAGGAAGGAUGACAGAACAUCCAGCAGUUAGUCUAACCAUUCUGAGGUUUCUGGAAAAAGCUAAGGAUGAGAGUAUGAAGCAGAGUCAUAGCAGCUCAACUGUUCCAAUAAACGAUGAGAGAGAGAAGGAGAUAGAUGAGACUACAAUGGCCAUAUGGAGGUGUAAUCAAUCAGUCAAGUACGAAGAAAAGGUUGUGGACAACAUCACAGAAGAGGUGUUAAAAUUAGGCCAGAGUAGGGAGUAUGAGUUGGUUAUUGUGGGAAAGGGACAAUUCUCAUCAAGCAUGGGGGCAGAGUUGCCAGAGAAUCAGAUCGAGCAUGCAGAGUUGGGGCUCAUUGGAAACAUUUUAGCUUCAUCGGACUGUGGCAUAGUGCCCUCAGUCCUGGUCAUACAACAGGAUAAACAAUAUGCAGAUGAGACUGCUACUUCAAGGAUGGUCCAGGACAAACAUGUAACAACAAUUGAUGCUUCAAUCACAAAUAAUGAACCGUCUGUGUGAUCAAAAAGAAUACGGAUGCUCUAAAUGUAGUUCUUGUUAUAAAUAAAAUAAAUAAAAAAUAAUUUUUUUUAAAAAAAUAUGCUCAUGGUUCUGUGUGAUUUGAAAGAAUAAGGACACCUGAAUGAAGUUCUUUGUAAACAAAUUCCAAUCCUGCGUGAACUGAUUCGGACUCCAAAUGGAAGGGAAAAUACAGGAAUUAGAAUCUGGCACAUUUGGGGCAAGAAUUGAGAAAGUGAACUUGAUGGAAGGAGCACCAAAGUCAAAAGAGCAUUUAUUUUAAUUUGGAAGCAUGCGCGGAUGGUAAAUGCAUGCUUAGCUGAAACUGUUGACUUGUUUUUCAAAGCAAGCUUGUUGUGUGGCAAUCUUGCAGCUUGAUGUGCGGCAACUUCCCCCCUAUUGAUGAAAUCCCUGUACCCUAUAAAACUAGCACUGUUGUAAUGGUGAAAGAUUGUAUUUUGAAUAUGAAUUUUAUGAGCUGGUAAUUUGCUCUUCUUUUGUUUGGUGGUGUGGUGCCUAAGGUUUCUAGGCAAAUUCUAGGUUGUGAAGCUUAGAAUAUGUUCUGUUUAAGUCUUUGUUACCCUUUUAUCUAUAUUCUCCUACACGUCCUGCAUCAGAACUUAAGUUGACAUGGCAACAAGGUUACACAGAUUAAAACUAUUGGCCAACAUAGUUGAUGAGAACAUUUUAAAGGAUGUAAUAGUUAUGAGCACUCUUUGGCCCAGGACAGAAGACUGUGGAACCGUAUAUGGCAGUUAAAUAUACUCCCUACUCGCACAAACUUAUGUCGAAGGAAAGUACCAUUGAACCCGGCUUGUGCAAUAUGCCAGCAACAUGACGAAACCGUGGCUCACGCUCUAUGGGGCUGUCCAUUGGCUAGGACUGUAUGGGCGCUGGUAAAGGGUAAGUUGCAGAAACGUAGCUCUGAAGUGGAGGACUUCUAUAUCCUGGUGAGAGAACUGAUGGUGGUCCUUACGACAAAAGAAUUGGAGGUAUGGGCUACAGUAUCUUGGUCUAUCUGGAAUGCACGCAACAGGUACCUGUUUGACAAAAAACAAUCUCAACCUUCGGACAUUUUGCAAGGAGCGUUGUCUCUAUUGCAGGAAUACCGGAGACUAUGUCAAUAGAGGAAAACAAAGUGGGGUAGCAAAAAGUAUGGUUGUACACACAUGCCCAUGCUGGGUAUUUUGAUUGGAUUGGCUAUACAUGCCUAGCCACGUCCAAAUGAUGUGAUGUAACAC